CCAGCUCUGGACGCCGAGCCUGGCCCCUCCGUGGUCCUGGCAGCUGCCAGCCCGGCCAGCCCGGCCAGCAUGCAGCAGCAGCCCCUGCCCGGGCCCUUGGCCCCCGCGGCUGAGCCCACCAAGCCUCCCUACAGCUACAUAGCUCUGAUCGCCAUGGCCAUCCAGAGCUCACCAGGCCAGCGGGCCACACUCAGUGGCAUCUACCGCUACAUCAUGGGCCGCUUCGCCUUCUACCGCCACAACCGGCCUGGCUGGCAGAACAGCAUCCGCCACAACCUGUCACUCAAUGAGUGCUUUGUCAAGGUGCCCCGCGAUGACCGCAAGCCAGGCAAGGGCAGCUACUGGACGCUGGACCCCGACUGCCACGACAUGUUUGAGCACGGCAGCUUCCUGCGCCGACGCCGACGCUUCACCCGGCGAGCAGGUGCCGAGGGAGCCAGGGGCCCUGCCAAGGCACGACGUGGACCCCUCAGAGGGAGCAGCCGGGAUCCAGGAGUCCCCGAUGCCAUGACUGCCAGGCAGUGCCCAUUCCCACCGGAGCUGCCAGAGCCCAAGGGCCUAAGCUUUGGGGGUCUGGUGGGGGCCUUGCCAGCUAGCAUGUGCCCUGCGACCCCUGAUGCCAGGCCUCGGCUGCCGACGGAGCCCAAAGAGAUGCCCACACCUAAGCCUGCAGGCCCAGGGGAGCUCCCCGUGGCCCCCUCGUCUUCCCCAUGCCCGGCAUUUGGCUUUCCUGCUGGCUUCUCCGAGGCUGAGGGUUUUAGCAAGGCCCCCACACCCAUCUUGACCCCAGAGGCGGGCAUCGGGAGCAGCUACCAGUGCCGGCUGCAGGCACUGAAUUUCUGCAUGGGGACUGAUCCAGGCCUUGAGCACCUCUUGGCCUCAGCAGCCCCCUCUCCUGCACCACCUACCCCUCCAGCCUCACUGCGGGCCCCGUUGCCCCUGCCAGCUGACCCCAAGGAACCCUGGGUUGCAGGCAGCUUCCCUGUCCAGGGAGGCUCCAGCUACCCUUUGGGGCUGACCCCCUGCCUAUACCGGACACCAGGAAUGUUCUUCUUUGAGUGAAGCUGGCCUGGCCUCGGACAGUCCCUGCAGGGCCCCUGCCAACUACACGCUUCAAGCUGAGCCUGACUCUAGGAUUUGGGGAGUUCUCAAGGGACGCCAGCAAUCAGGACAGGAAGCCAAGAUUGGAGUAGUGAACACUCAGCCAGCCGGCCCCCAGGGCCUCCGGAUGGACUUGAGGGAGAGGGGAGGCAGGGCCCCCUUGGGGUUGACUCUGUGGCUCUCAGGGCCAAUAAAACCAGUGUGAUGAUGA